AUGAGAGCAAACCACGAGUCCCAUUGGAAGACACGUCUUCGUUACGUCAACAAAUUGAUCAAAUGCGAGAGCACUCCACACGACUUAUUGCUGAGUACAAUAAAAAACUCGAAGCGUUACGUCAUGAAAACGUCCAGCUCGCGGAGGAACUUCAACAUUCCCGCACUAUGGUCGAGAGUUACACGUCAACAUCUGAAGGAGCUGGACAAGGAGCACAAGAAGAAGAAUCAUGAGCUAGAAGAGCAUGAAGUGAAAUGUGAUUGCGAAACAACAGAAUUACAACGUAUGACGAGCUAUAACAAGCAAUCUGCUGCUCUAAUUGCCUCGUUGGGGGCCGAAAUUCCAGAGUUGAAGUUGAAACGAGACAGAAUCGUCGAGAAUGCUAAAAGAUACGUGGCAUCAGAUGAAGAGGUUUACAACAAUCUCACAAACGCUUGUGUAGCUUCGAGUAACGUUGUGGGCAGAGGCGAUGAAGAAGAACAGUCGGUCAUAGAGGUGUUGUUCGAUGAACUCGUUGGAAAGGACCACAGUGUCGAUGACAUAACGCCUACUGGUGAGGAUUCUGAUGGCAACAGUGCUGCCGCAGAGUGGACCACUGCUUCCUCAUCUGAGCCAUGGAAUAACGAAGGUGAUUCGAAGCCCAAAGUGGCGAAUCUUCUACGAAGACAGCAGGAUUUGAACGAACUUCUUACUUCCGAGAGGAGGCAUUAUGAAGAAAAGUUGAGCUCUUUGAAAUCCAUAAUGGAGGAUGAGAAAGAGAAAAGUAGUGUACUGCAGAAGUCGUUCGAUGACUUGGAUAGGAAACAUAGUGAAGUGGUGGCAGAGCUGCAGCGAGUACAAGUCAUGUACAACGAACUCCUUGAAGAAAUGGGAGCGCAAAAGACAGAAAACGUGAGGCUCUCCGAUGUGGCACGCUGUGCUGAGCUGGAGACUGCUCAAAUCAAAGAGUUGGCGAAGGUCAUCGAAGAUGAAAGGUCUCGGGUGAAAUUAGAGAACAUAGAACUUGUUGAAAAAGUUCGAAAUCUCGAAAACAGUGUUAGUACACUUCAAGCAAGUGAAUCCGAAUGCAAACAACAUUACGAGGAACUUACGCAGCGUUACGAAUCACUUGUAACCUCGUUUUCAACAGAGCGAGAAGAACUCAUCCAGCAGCUUGAGGUUCUUCAAAAAACCUGGUCGAGCAGGACGGCGAAAAAUGAGCUAAAAAAGCAAUUAUCUCUGCUGAAAGAAAACUAUGACAUCCUCGAACAGCAGAAUGAAGAGAAAUGUGGGCAAUUAGCCCAUGCGAAGUCUCAGUUAUCACAAGUGAAUGAAGAUCUCGAUUCCACGAAAGAGGAACUGGAACAAACUGCUGCGAAAAUGGCUGAAUUGCAGUCGUCGCUUGCAUCGGCUCAGAUGGAGAUCCUUUCAUCCAAAGGAGAGAAUGCUCUUCUGACGACAAAGGUUUGUGAAUGUGAAGAGAUAAUCAAGUCCACUGAGCAAGAUCUUGAAGAAACACGCAUGGCUUAUGCUCAUCAGAAGGAAGACAAUGC